CUUCUGGGAUUGAUAGUGGCAUAGACAUGGCGUCCCGUGCGCUAGCACAGUGUGUUCGUUCGCUGGGUCGUUCUUCUGCAAGGUUAACUCAGGGCAGAGUUGUUACACGAUCCUUCUGUGCGCCCCUUGUUUCAAUCCAACGGCCCUUCUCUGCAAUUUCGUGCAACCAGCGAACAAAGUGGACUGAACUGAUACGGAUUUCAGGUUCUGCUGGUCAGCCGUGCCGAAGAUAUGGGGACCUUCCACCCCUUACACUGGAGUCCAUCAGAGACCGCGUUAUUUACGUCCUGAAGCUAUACGACAAGAUAAACCCAGAGAAACUUCAGAAGACAUCUCACUUUAUGAAAGAUUUGGGAUUGGACAGCUUGGACCAGGUGGAGAUAAUUAUGGCAAUGGAGGAUGAGUUUGGAUUCGAGAUCCCAGACGCAGAGGCAGAGAAGUUGAUGACUCCUGAGGAGAUUGUACAGUACAUUGCAGAAAAGAAAGACGUGUAUGACUGACGGCCCUGUCCUCUUUGAUAUUAUACACAGAUGGCCUAGAUGACAUGCAGCAGAAACACCCAGGCAUUUUUUCCCCUAUAUACACUUGAUGUAGUCUGUCUGUGGGUUUGCCAUCAACUGCCUUGUGUACCAUUGUAUUUAAUUAUGAUGUCAGUGAAUACAUGGAAGCUUGAAGUGGAAAAUAAACACGGUAUAGAACCUUUAUUCAUUUA